UUGAGUUGUAGUUUUUUGGUCUUAUAGAAAAACUGAAUCACUGAAGGAGAGAAGCCUGAAGUCAUCCUUCAUUUAUAUUCAGCUUGGAUCUGUCUGUCUGUCUGUCUCUCUCUCUCUCUCUCUCUCUGUCUCACCCUCCCUCUCUCUCGGACUCAGAUUAUCUCCAUCAUCCUGCCGCUCAGAUGUCCACUCCAGAAGCAGGUACUCCCGGGGCCCCAGAGGGGGAGGGGGGCCCUCCGGCUCCAGCCCCGAACCUCACCAGCAACAGACGACUGCAGCAGACACAAGCACAGGUGGACGAGGUGGUGGACAUCAUGCGUGUGAAUGUGGACAAAGUCCUGGAGAGAGAUCAGAAGCUGUCGGAGCUGGACGACCGAGCCGACGCCCUACAGGCCGGAGCCUCGCAGUUUGAGAGCAGCGCCGCCAAACUCAAGAACAAGUACUGGUGGAAAAACUGCAAGAUGAUGAUCAUCAUGGCAGUUGUAGGUGUUAUAUGUUUUGGAGUCAUCUUCUUGUAUUUCUUCUACUGAGCUGCUCUUCAGGGAUGGACACACGAGUCGCAGGACGAGUCUGCACCAACGCUACCGAGCCAAAAUUGAGCCUCUCCUCAGCACUCCUCCAGCUCUUCACCCUCCUCUUCCUCACGGAUGCCUUCCUCAGAAACCUCCAUGCUUGAUCUGUAAUGUGCUCCAGUGCCUCCUUUUCUUCUCCGCUCCUCGUGGAAAACUUCUCUCGGGCAGGAAUCCUGAGUGAAUGUCAUAGUCUUGCUUUUUUUUUGGGUACCAGAUGGGACGGUUUAAAUUAUAAAUGAAUUAAAGAAAAGUCAAGCAGACUUUUCCCCCUUUUUAUUGCUGUAUUAUCCUGUGUGAAAAAUGAAAGUCAAAACUCUUUUUAAAAAAAAUAAUAUUUAGAAAAUUGGAAAUUGGGCCACAGAAAGUGAGAUUUAAAAGAAAAAAAGACUUUCCGGGCCAAGUUAAAGGAACAGGAAGUGAUCUGUGACCUUUUUAUUGGUUUCCACUGACCACCAGUAUGAACUGCUGGUCUCCAGUAUCUGACAAAGAGCCAUAAUAACCAGAAAGAAUCAAAAUCAUCCAACAGAAGGGUUUACAGGGGAGUUGUUAUGUCAAAUAACAUUUUAUUUAUUUAUUCAUUCAGUCAUUCCUUGGCUUUAAAACAAGUUUUUCUUACAGAAAAAGUUUUAGAGACACAAAACUAAUGUUGAGUCAGCUGCUCUGUCAUCUCCCAAUCUGUCCUUCUUUUUUAAUUUCUCUUUCGUUUCUUUCUUUUUGAUUUUAUUUUCGCUUUCUUUUUCUUUCUUUCUUUCUUUCUUUCUUUCUUUCUUUCUUUCUUUCUUUCUUUCUUUGUCUUUUUAUUUUAUUUAUUUCUUCAGUUUUUUGAAUUUCUUUUUAUUUUCUUGUCUUUUAUACAUUCUCUUUUUAAUUUUUCUCUUUUUCUUUAUAGAUUUCUCUCUUUUCUUUUAUUUUUUUUUCUUUCUUUCUAAUUUGUCUAAUCUUUUUAAAUUUCUUUCAUAAUUUCUUUUUCUUUCUCUUUUUAAUUUCUUCCUUGCUUUCUUUCUUUCUUUCUUUCUUUCUUUCUUUCUUCUUGUUAAAUUUUCUUUAUUUAUACAUCAGCAUGAGCAGCAGACAGGCCAGGAGAUAUUUUCCAUCAGAAAUUAAGAUAUUAAAGAUGCAGAAAUAUAAAUGAUAGUUUUGCCAUAAUUGCCAGAAAUUGAAAUGACAACUUGUGCACUGAUACGUGGAGGAUCUGGACUGAGAGUCCGUUAAAAAAACAGAUUGCAGUAAAUUAGAGUGACAGUUUAAGAAAUGGUUUAUAACAUAAUUUCCAUACAUAAUCCAUGUGAUAUAAAUUAACUCUUUUUUUGCAUGUAAUAAUUAGACUUUAAUAUUUAUCUGGUUCUAACUGAAUGAUAGUGAACACUGUGUUUCUUUUGUUUUGAUUUUUUUUUAUGAAAUUGAGUAACUAAAACAUCACUGAACAGUAUUUUAAUCCUGAGUUUGAGGAUUCCUGCUUUCUUUUCCUCUCUGUCCUCUUUGCUGUGUUGUACAGUAUUUUUCAGGAAAGCUGCCCCCCUGCUGUCAGUGUUGGUACUGCUGCUGAUGUUUGAGCAGAAAUUUCACUUCUUGCAGAACCACGACAAGAACAAAGUUGAUUUUUUUUCUCAGUUUGUCUGUCCAGCCUCAGUUUGAGUUGUUGUAACAGUUGUGAUGCAGAAACAGUCCUGAUUUUAUUUUUAUUGUCUCGUGAACCGACCUGACUUGUGUUUGUGCACUUCAGCUGUGGUUUGAAUGUUUGUGUGCUCUGCUUGAAUGUGACUCCUCUGUGUGUUUUUGAGGCAUUUUCUGAAUGAAACUGGUGAGACUGAAGAUAUUACAGAUAUGAUCAUUAAAAUGUAGAGAGAAACUGUGAGAUUUAAAACUGUGAGCAGGUACUGAGCAUUAAUCCCACUGUGUUUAGUGCUCCCUCAGUACUGCUGGAUAUCACAGGUAAAGAGAAGUGACAAACAUUUGACACUAAAACAUUACAGGCGCAUUAUUCUGAUUAUUGCCUGGGAUUCUAAUAAAUUAAUGUUUGCAGUGGAA